GUUAUUGGAAAAGGGAGGAGACAGCAUCAUAAAUUCUGAAACCAGACCUACCUCUAUCACUUAUAAAUGCAGCUCGGGGAAAGACAAUACAACUAAGAUAAAGGAACGAAGGGAAACAACAAGAAUACGCCAGCCAGUGUCAGACUCAAGUUUCAGCACCACAGACAGCUCCUGAUCCCAUCUCAGCUCCACAGCCUGCUCCUGAUCCAAUUCAAGCUGCACAGACUUUUCCUGAUCCGACCCAAGCUGCACAGACUGCUCCUGAUCCAACCCAAGCUGCACAGACUGCUCCUGAUCCCAUCUCAGUUUCCCAGACAGAUCCUGAUUCCCACUCCAGCUCCGAACUCAGCACCUGAUCCAACACAAGUUCCACAGCCAACUCCUGAUCCCAGCUCAGCACCUCAGACAGCUCCUGUAACAGUCAGAUGAUGGAAGGAGUUCUAGUUUUUUGGAAAUAUCGCACUCUCUUCUCCCUCUUCCUCUGCACGCUGGCUCUCUUCAGGGUCCAUUUAGCUCAGGCAGUCCCUGCACCACAGCAAAAUAUCGACCCCUCUUCUCUCUCCAAAAUAUCCCCCCGGGGCAGCCACUGGGCUGUAGGACACCUAAUGGGAAAAAAGAGCAUAGAGGAAUAUCCAUAUGGCUACGAUGGAGGGGACAAGGUCCUGGCUGCGGCUUACUUUGACAAACCGAUGGAGGGGUAUCAGCAGUGGAAAGAGGCACUCAUCAGUAUAUUGAGAAUGUUAGAGACAAGUGAUUCUAGAAACAAUCAGCCCAUCAGAGACACAGUGUCUUUUAACAAGAAACUCUGGGACACAGAGGACAACAACAAUUAUAAAGAGAUAUUGGAUUAUCUAUAUCAACUGAUGAACAUGCGAGAGAACAGUCAAAGCUGAACUACAAACAACCACUCAGGAGAGAAGACACAUUUUAUUUCUCGAAAGGCUCUGUUCACAAACAUUUGAUUGUACCAGAUAACUAAGAUUUUAUUAAUGUAAACAAUACUAAUUAUUGUGUAAAGUAUAUGAGUUUUCCUUGUCCAAUUUUUUUAAAUCCAUUGCAUUAAAGCAAGGACUCAUUUUCUCAA